AUGAUAUCGCAGUUGAAGUUUUUGUUGCUCAUCGUAGGGCUCUAUGUGACCGUGACCGAUGGUCAGGACUGCAAAAAGCGUCCAAGGAAUGUGGAUCCUAAAGAAUGCUGUCCCUUACCUGACUUUAUUACACCUGAGAUCAAUAAAGCUUGUCAUGAUGAAUUGAAAGCCAAAAAGAAGCCUGGCCAAAAGAAAAACAGGAUGGAUCCAGUAAGCACUCAAAGCUACCGUAAAUCCAACAAAUCCUUUUCUAAAACUUUUUUCCAGUGCUACGUAUCCUGUGUGUUACGUAAGGCUGGCAUUACCGACAGCAAAGAAAUCCAUCCUGAGAAAUUUGACAACUAUGUUAGGAAAGUUUUCAAGGAUAAUAAGGAACUACAGUCGGUUGCUAACGCUGCUUUUGCCAAUUGCAGCACUCAAGUAGAGGAAUUCUACAAGCAGAACAGGCAAUUCAUCCAUAACGCGCCAGCACCUGCACCAGGAUGUCACUAUAGUCAUGCUUUUAUAUUAGCCUGUUCUGCUACGUCGCUCGUGGAGAAUUGCCCAGCUGCUAUGUGGACCAAUAAGCCCGAGUGCAACGAAGUUCGUGCCUAUGUUCGAAAAUGCAAAUCCCAAAUGAUGUUGAGACCCUCUGCCAAAAAAUAA